UCUCAUUCCAUCACCCUUUUGUGUUUCCUGCAAGUUACUGGACUGCGCUGUGCGCUCUUUCACUUCUUUUCCCAGAACCUACCCUCAUCUUCACAGCCACUCUCCUUCACCAUGGCGGCGCCCGGCCAGCCGUCCCCCCAACAGAUUGCCGCCAUGCAACAGCAGUUCGCCGCUGAAGCUGCCCGGCGCGGAAUGACACCCGAGGAGUUUGCCAAACAGCAGCGCGAACAACUAACUGCAGAGGCAGCCAAGCAUGGUUUAACCACCGAGCAAUACGUCACUCAGCUGAGAAUGCGAGCCCUCCAAGCCCACCAGAGACAGGUCGAGACCCAACGACAAGCUCAAGCGCAAGCCCAGGCUCAGGCCCAGGCUCAAGGACAACCACAGCCACAAGGACAAGCACCUCAAUCGCCGGCCCAACCGGGACAGAACUUGCCAGCUCCUCCACAACCCCAGCCCCAGCAGAUGACUCGCCAGGUCCCUGUGAACCCUAACAACCCUCCCGAUCCGAAGGCGCUUGCCGUUGCCGGGUUUCUGCGGUCGCAGAACCUGAAGACGCGGACUUGCAUCAUGGACGGUCAGCGAAAGGAAAUGUUCAAAGUGAAACGUGCCAUUCGCGCCCUCGAGUCCCCCGCCUACGCCAAAGCGGCUUCCAAAAAGAACUCCCUUCUCCCCCCAGUCACCGAUCGCGCAUCCGCAGAGAACGUCUUCAAGCUGCUUCCCCUGUCGCUCCUUGCUCUGCGCGUGACAAAGGUUGAUCCCCAUGCGGGCCACAACCAUGGCAAGCCCAAGAACCGCGUCAAGGGACUGUGGACGGUGCGCAUCGAGCAGCAUCAGGAAACCGAUCCCAUGAUGCACUACGUCUGGCUGUGGGAGGGGCCGCAGUGGAAGCAGAAGGUCAUGGCCGCGGCCGUGGUGGCAGGAAUCUUCGCGGUGGUGCUUUUCCCCCUUUGGCCGAUGUUCAUGCGUCAGGGUGUGUGGUAUUUGAGUGUCGGCAUGAUGGGACUGCUGGGUCUGUUCUUUGCCAUGUCGAUCUUCCGUCUCAUUUUGUUCUGUAUCACUGCUAUCGCAGUUCCCCCUGGUCUCUGGCUCUUCCCGAACCUGUUCGAAGAUGUUGGAUUUGUGGAUAGUUUCAAGCCCUUGUGGGGCUGGCAAGAGAACAAGAAGAAGUCCAAGAAAGCCAAGAAGACAGCAGGCGAGGAAUCUCAAGCUGCAACUUCCACAGCAACCCAUUCCACCCCAUCAGCCACCACAACGGCGACAGCGGCAUCGGAUGCUUCAGGCGCCGUGAAGCGCGAUCUAGCACCCCGAGUGGAAGAAAUUACCGAAGAGUAAUUCAACGUGCUCGAUGCAGUUAACUGCGGAACUCACUAUUACCCUAUACGUGGGCGAGAUAUCCAAAUGGCAUGAUCCGGUAAAUUCUUUCUGACCCUUUCUAAAUGUACGGUACAGUACCUCUUGCACGCCUCUUUUGUUCCUACACUUCUUUUUUUUAUUAUUGCCCAGGCAGGGAUAUUCGGGUUUUGGGUUUACAGAUAGCUAUGAAUGAAUUCUUCUACCUUGGUUUACCU